AUGCAAAAGGAAAUAUGUCGUCAAAAGCAAGUGAAACUGAUUUUGCUAACAAUAGAUAUUCGUACUGGCGUGGUGGUUAACUCUAAACAUAGAGACACUUAUGCUACGCCAACUUGCAAAAGCCAACUCAUCCAAUCUUAUCUGUUCUGUUUAGGUAUAGAAUUCACUUUUACAUUGUAUGUUGCCACACAAUAUGUACGCCUCGUACUGCCGGCGACCGAACAAAUAUUAAGCCCAUCAGUUUAA